CGAGGAAUUACUGCUAGUGGCCUUCCAUGUCGUCGAUCACUGGCGUCGCAGCCCAACUCAUCGCCGGCGAAGACAGCAGGAGUGAAGGCCAAAGCAGGUAGAAACACAAACAUAACUGCUUUUUACUGCUGGCAGCAUAAGGAUCAAGCUGAAUCAAUUCUACGACGGUCAACAUGGAAUUCGGAUCCUCAAAAACAGCGACGCUCCAGUAUCGACACAUUAAUGGACCGCUUGGGCGUUCUCGAUAUAAAUGAUAAUUCAGAGAAGCCUAACAAUGUUCCGCCAAAGAAGAAACAAACCAGACAUACAUUCUGCUGCUUUACCAUCAUAGAAGAUGAGGAGCCGCCGCUGGCCGCCAAACCAAGACCGAGCCGUCCUCCGCCGGCUCGCCCUCAUCAGCAGGUGAACAAAACAUCUUCAGCCAAUCCGAAAAUACAAUCCAGCUCAAAGCCAGAUUCGCUCCUCCCAUGGAUACCCGCCUCACUUUCUCCGCAAACAGCGUCGCUUCUUCUCGCCGAACUUGCCAAAUCAAUCUCUCCUGCUGACGAACCAGGCUACAUCUAUAUGUUCUGGAUCACACCAUCGACAUCCCCAAAGUCCGCCCCGCCACCAUCAGAUAUUGCACCGUCUCUUCUCCCCUCAGCACACAGAGAUAUAAACUCUGAUACCGACGAAAGUGACGAGAGCCCCGAGCAAAUCCAGCGUAGCAACACCGCCAUCCGCAGGGCAAGGGAUUUAAAUACAUUCUCGUCAGCUUCGUCGCCCAACAGCCCAGGAACAGUGAAGCUGAAGAUCGGCCGAACGAGCAACGUCACCCGACGAUUGAAUGAGUGGUCGAAACAAUGCUCCAACCAUCUAACAUUGAUCCGGUACUACCCGUAUACCUCGUCAUCGCAGCGGCAGGGGCGGAAUGGUGGUUUGGAACCCGGAAGAAAAGUCCCCCAUGUCCAUCGCGUGGAGAGACUCAUCCAUCUUGAGUUGGCGGAUAUGCGGAUACGCGAUCUGGGACCAUGUCCAGAGUGUGGGAAGGAGCACAGAGAAUGGUUUGAAGUUGCUGCUGAACGGGCCGCUCUGAAAAGAGUAGAUGAGUGUAUUCGGCGGUGGGUGCGCUGGGCACAUACUCAGAAAUAGGUAUCUUGAUAGAUUUAUUAAAGGAGCUCAGUCAUGACAGUCCAUAGUUCACUCCUCCCCCAUCAUGAACAAGGUCAUAUAUGGAGUUCUUAGAACUAGCUGCGCGA